CAGAAUGAUAUUGCACUGGAUUUUCGAGUUUAUUUCCUUGGCGAACCGUUGUCCUUCGGAAAACAAAUCAAGUUCGCCGCUAUCGUUUUGGCUGCCUUGUGCGCCGUCAGCAUGGCUGGAUACCUUGGAGGAAUUGGAGGAAGAGAUGCCGCAGUAACCGUCAGCCUGGAUAACCAGAGAGCCGCUCCUUACGGAGGACUCGGCGCUUACGGUGCUUAUAGUGGCUAUGGACUCGGACACGGCGCCUAUGGAGCCUAUGGACUCGGAUACGGCGGUUACGGCUUGGGUCUCGGUUACGGAGGUUACGGUCUCGGUCUGGGUUACGGACUCGGCCACGGAGCCUACGGACUCGGAUAUGGACUGGGACUCGGCUACGGAGGUUACGGUUUAGGUCUUGGAAAACUUCAUUAA